AUGGUGGCGCUGUUAACUCUUCGGAUCAACCUCGUUUUUGUCCCUUCCAAAAACUCAGAUCGCAGAAAAAUGAAGCUCUUCAGCGUUUUCGUCAUCGCCGCAGUUUCCGCCCAAGGAUUCGACGCCAAAGUUGCCAACCUCGCCAGAAAUGUGGAUUUGAGCGAGUCCGAUGAAGACCGACAAGCCCGAUUCAAGCAGGAAUGCAAAUCGACCAUUGGCAACAAGCAAGACACUCCCAAGUUCAAGGAGAAGCUCAAUGCUUGCAUGGACAAGAAGAACGCCAAGCACGCCAAGCGAGUUGCGAAGGCCGAAGCUGCUGCCGAUAGAGCUGAGAUGAAACAGAAAGUCAAGGCUAAGAAGGCCGAGAAGGUUCCAAUCAAGGAAGAGCGAGCUUUCUGCAAGAACGCCUGCAAACAAAUCGCCAACCAGAUCACAAAGGCCAACUGUCUUUCUUGGUGGAAAUACUCUACCAGAGUCCAGAUCCAGGAGAUUUUGGACGAAAUUAUGGAGAUCCGAGACCCUGCCCAGCGAAACUCUGUCGAACACUGCUACACCAAGUCUGGCUUGAGCGGAUCUGAGAGCACUUGCAAGGACUUCGCCAUCGGCUACUGCGACGGUUUGAACCUUGCCAAGCCCUCCCCGAUCCUUCGAGACUGCAAAUCCUUCUGCAUCAACGAGUGCAUGGAAGCAGGCGAGACUUGCUCCUGGACCGAGGAUGAUUUCGACGGCGAGCAAAAGUAA